CUCCUCCUUCGUCUUCUUCGUCUUCAUCUCCUCCUCCUCCUCCUCCUCCUCCUAGUCCCGAUCCGCCCCCUUCUGCUUCUCUUCUCUGAGAUUUUGGUUUGAGCAAAGCUCAUUCCUCCCCCCAUCUCCGCCCAUUGCAAAGCACCAUCUCUUCACCUCUCUCUGAGCAAGCCAGCCGGUCAUAAUGUUGCUGGUCAACUGCUCCAAUUGCCGCACUCCGUUGCAGUUGCCACCGGGUGCCCCCUCCAUCCGCUGCGCCCUCUGCCACGCCGUCACCCUCAUCGCCGAUCCUCGCUCCCUGCCUCCCCCUCCCCACUCUUCCUCCUCCUCCUCCUCCUCCUCCUCCUUCCACCACCACCAUCACCUCCCCCAACACUAUCCUCCGCAGCGGCCGCCGCCGUCCUACGGGCCGCCGGGGCCCCCUCCUCCGGCCCACGGCUCGAAGCGAGCCCUGAUAUGCGGCGUCUCGUACAGGAACACCCGGGACGAGCUCAAGGGCUGCGUCAACGACGCCAAGUGCAUGAAGUUCCUGUUGACCAAUCGGUUCAAGUUCCCCGAGUCCUCCAUCCUCGUGCUCACCGAAGAUGAACGCGAUCCUCAGAGGCGUCCAACCAAGAGGAACAUAAGAAUGGCGUUGCAGUGGCUUGUCCAAGACUGUAGGCCUGGGGAUUCUUUGGUAUUCCAUUAUUCCGGUCAUGGAUCCCAGCAGAGGAACUACACCGGUGACGAGGUGGAUGGGUUUGACGAAACGCUCUGCCCUUCAGAUUUUAGGACCCAAGGAAUGAUCGUCGAUGAUGAGAUCAAUGCUACAAUCGUCAGGCCUCUUCCUCAUGGUGUUAAGCUUCAUGCCGUUAUUGAUUCUUGUCACAGCGGCACUAUGUUAGAUUUACCCUUUCUCUGUAGAAUGGACAGAAGUGGUCAGUAUAUCUGGGAGGACCACAGACCUCGUUCAGGAGUAUGGAAAGGGACAAGCGGGGGAGAAGUGAUUUCUUUCAGCGGCUGUGAUGAUAAUCAAACUUCUGCCGAUACUUCGGCUCUGUCACAGGUUACAUCGACAGGUGCUAUGACUUAUUCCUUCAUCCAAGCCAUUGAGCGUGGACAUGCCGCCACUUAUGGGAGCAUGCUGAUUGCGAUGCGGUCUACCAUUCGGAACACAGGCAACGAUCUUGAGGGUGGACUUGUAACUUCUCUUCUCACGAUGCUUUUGAACGGUGGCAACCUCAGCACACGACUAAGACAGGAACCUCAAUUAACUGCGAACGAGCGAUUUGAUGUGUACGCGAAGCCCUUCUCUUUGUAGCAUGGUGGACAGAAGCUUCAUCAAAAGUUGCGUCGGUUCCUAUUCAUCGUCGGUUUGAUGGCAUUACAGCUAACUUGGCUCCACGUAGACUGAAGUUUGUCUUGCAGCGUUCUGGAUGGACGAGCAAGAGUAUUAUAGCUCGUACUUCGGGUCUGAAUCUCAAUGUCUUUUUCGUGUGUAGUGGGAUGGUUGUUGUGGGAUUGGAGUGAUAGGAAACUGGAGAUGCUCUGGGAGCGGGAGGAUCUAAUGCCGUCUCCUAAAAGUAUCAGUAGAGGUGAAAUUUUGGAAGUGCCAACUGUGCAUAUCAAGAUCAGCAUUCCAGCUAUUUAUUGGAAAAUUCUUUAAAAAAAAA